GACCGGAAGCCGUGGUCCCUUAUUCCGGUUGGCUCGACACUAGCACCCCAAAUCGCCUUAUGGUUGUUAAGACUUCAUCGCUUUUCUAUGUCUGCGGGAAUUUGUUUCAUUAAAGGCAGAAAGAGACACGGGACGACAGAAAGACAGGACUUCUCGUUGUGGACGUGUUGGACCGUGUGAAGACACCAGGCUCCCCUUUAAUCUGAAGACUCUUCGUCCCCCGGCCCUGUGAUCCAGGUGUUGUUGCCGUCCUGUGACGGAUUUAUCCUCUCAGCUGUCGGGUGUCAGGAGGAGAGGAAGCAAAGAUGCCGAAACCGAUCAACGUCCGUGUGACCACCAUGGAUGCAGAGCUGGAAUUUGCCAUCCAACCCAACACCACAGGAAAACAGCUCUUUGACCAGGUCGUGAAGACGGUGGGACUACGGGAGGUGUGGUUCUUUGGCCUGCAGUAUGUGGACAGUAAAGGCUACAUCACUUGGCUCAAACUCAAUAAGAAGGUGACCCAGCAGGAUGUGAAGAAAGAAAACCCUCUGCAGUUCAAGUUCAGAGCAAAGUUUUUCCCCGAGGACGUCUCAGAGGAGCUCAUCCAGGAGAUCACCCAGAGACUCUUCUUCCUGCAGGUGAAGGAGAACAUCCUGAACGAUGAGAACUACUGUCCCCCAGAGACGGCUGUGCUCCUGGCUUCUUAUUCUGUCCAGGCCAAGUAUGGAGACUACAACAAAGAUGCUCACAAGCCUGGCUACCUUACUCACGACAGACUGCUGCCUCAGAGAGUCCUGGAGCAGCACAAGCUGACCAAGGAGCAGUGGGAGGACAGGAUACAAACUUGGCACGAGGAGCACAGAGGAAUGCUCAGGGAGGACUCCAUGAUGGAAUAUCUUAAAAUCGCCCAGGACCUGGAGAUGUACGGAGUCAACUACUUUGAGAUCAAAAACAAAAAGGGAACACAGCUGUGGCUGGGCGUGGAUGCCCUUGGCCUCAACAUCUACGAACAUGAAGACAAGUUGACGCCAAAGAUCGGCUUCCCCUGGAGCGAGAUUCGAAACAUCUCUUUCAAUGACAAGAAGUUUAUCAUCAAACCUAUUGACAAGAAAGCUCCCGACUUUGUGUUUUACGCCCCACGUCUGCGCAUCAACAAGCGCAUCCUGGCGCUGUGCAUGGGGAACCACGAGCUGUACAUGAGGAGGAGGAAGCCCGACACCAUCGAGGUGCAGCAGAUGAAGGCUCAGGCCCGGGAGGAGAAACACCAUAAACAGAUGGAGAGGGCUCAGCUGGAGAACGAGAAGAAGAAGCGAGAGUACGCAGAGAAGGAGAAGGAGAGGAUAGAGCGCGAGAAAGAAGAGCUGAUGGAGAGACUGAGACAGAUUGAAGAGCAGACGAUGAGAGCUCAGAAAGAGCUGGAGGAACAGACCCGCCGGGCCUUGGAGCUGGAGCAGGAGAGGAAGAGAGCGAGGGAGGAGGCUGAGAGGCUGGAGAGAGACAGGCGGGCGGCCGAGGAGGCCAAGGCCGAGCUGGCCAAACAGGCCGAGGACCAGCAGAAGAACCAGGAACAACUGGCUGCUGAACUGGCUGAAUUCACAGCCAAGAUCGCUCUGCUGGAAGAAGCCAAGAGGAAGAAAGACGACGAGGCCACAGAAUGGCAGCACAAGGCUCUGUCAGCGCAGGAGGACCUGGAGAAGACCAAGGAGGAGCUGAAGACCGCAGUCUCCGUGGUGCCUGCCCCCCUGGUGGGCAACGCAGAGAGCGAGCACGACGAGCAGGAUGAGAACCACGCGGAAGCCAGCGCCGAGCUCUCCAACGAGGGCGUCAGCCAGCUGGACCUCCGCAGCGAAGAGGAGCGCGUCACCGAAGCCCAGAAGAACGAGAGGGUCAAGAAACAGCUGCAGACAUUAAGCUCAGAGUUGGCCGAGGCCAGAGACGAAACCAAGAAGACGCAGAACGACGUGCUGCACGCCGAGAACGUGAAAGCGGGCCGAGACAAAUACAAAACACUGCGGCAGAUCCGAUCGGGGAACACGAAGCAGCGCAUCGACGAGUUUGAGUCCAUGUGAGGAGCCGCGGGCCCCCCGUCCCUCAGGCGUACCCGCUCCCCGACUUCCCCCUCAGUGGCUGCUCAAUUUUCAUGGACAACAGAUGCUGCCGUCCUUCUAGUCCCCCCUUAACACCCCCCCCACCCCGGCAAUCUUAAGAAAAUCACCCUUGUCAAACUUUGCCAAAGUCCCGCCCCUCGUCUCCACAUAUCUCCUCCAUACGGAGCUGCCUACUCUCAACAAGCAAAGAUGAUCGUACUGCAGAGCACAGGGGGAAAGAGAAACUGCAAAACCAAAAUGGAAGCAAUUGGAUUUUUUUUAUUUUGAGCAAACAUGGCCAUAGAAAGCUACUUUUGUUGUCGCUUUUUGUUUUGCUUGCAUAUGCAAAGGUUUAGUAUGAUUCAAUAUCUUCAGUUAAAGUUUACCUGUCCUUUGUUUUUAAGGUGUUUUUUUUCUGCUUGUUUUAUUGAUGAUGCCCUCCUUUUUUUUCUCCUUUUUUUAAAAAAGUUGUCUGUCGAACACAUUUAGCUACAGGCUAUGAUAUGAAAACUGGAGUUUAGGGAUAAAUUAGGUCACUAUUUUCAAUGUUAACAUAUCUGUUAAUAUCUGUGAGACAUUACAGAGCUGAGUUGGGUCAUUUCAUUUCAAACUGUUAUUUGAAUGUUACAUUUAUAUGGUUAUAUACACAAAAAAAAUGACACUGCAGUAUUUUAAUAGUUUAAUUUUCAACACCAGACCCUCGUAGGGAAAAGAACCACCCAAUUUGUCACAUGGCAGGUUUUUAAGAAGUGAAUGUAGCAAAGGUAACAAAGGGAAAGUGUUUUUUACAUGCACAGGUGAUAGGACGGCAUGUGAUGAGCUAACUGAGCUAUCGCCCUCAAGCUUAAAGUAUUACGAAGAUAAGCUAAUUGGUAGUUGUGUGUGUUCUCCAGUUGCAUCCCAGUGUUUCAUUCCCAGCCACCAUCGAUGGUUUUCUCUGCCUACCAGCUCACAGAGGAGGCCGGGUGUUAACGGACAGCCAGAGGAACAGAGACGUGUCUCAGCUGUUUGUCUGUCUGUCCACAGAUGAUCUGAGUAUGUCCCAGUGUGUGGACGCUGAGGCCUGGCACCUCUCUGGCUGGGGAGCUUAUGAAAACAUCAGUCCUUCACCAAGGACAAAUCUCUACCUCAGUUCUGUUAGCAGUGGUGACUGAUAGUCAAACACUCUGGGUGCCCCCCCCCCCCCCCCCCC